UAUAUUUUUUAAUUUUAUAUAGGGAUAUGUUAUGCAGCAGCAUUUUCCGAGAAAAUUUUAACAGCACCAACAUUUAGCAGAACAUAUACGGUAAAAGGAACUUUGUAUAUACCAUAUGCAGAGAUUCGGGAGCCUUUCUACGCAUGGUAUGAUGGCAACAGCGGAUCUAGUCGGAUUGAUUACUAUGGAGGAAUGGUUAAGACUUUUCAACUGACGAGUAAAGGGCAAUAUGGAGCCAGCAUAAAAAUAGCACCUAUUACCACCGAAACUGUUACUAAUGAAGAUACAUGUCUUCAAGUAAAUGGCACUAUUGAUAUGAAGAUACAACCACAAUCUAUUAUUCCAGAUCCCUCGGAAAUGGAGUGCAUUGGCGAAGAGAUGAUCAAUGGAUUGUUAUGUGAGAAAUGGCGACUUGUACAACAAAUUGAAGAGAAGACGAAUAAAUAUACACUCUGGAUACGUUAUAAGAAAUCACAAUAUCUACCGGAAGUUAAGGAGCCCAUUCCUGUAAGAUAUGAAAUGAGAGGAUUUAAUAGUCUCUUAGGCUCGCAUUAUGAUCAUUAUUACUUGGAGUAUGAUUGGUAUUCCUUUGAUAAACCUUCUGCUGAUGUCUUUAAAAUUACAGAAAAUGAAACAUGCAUUGGCUUCCCAGGUCCAGGUGAAAAACACAUAUACACUUUUAAUCCAAUGCGUGAAUUCAUUCAUAAUUAUGAGAAUCAUUUGGAUGAAGCAUUUGAUACAUUCAAAAAGACCCAUCAGAAAGAUUACAAGAAUGGCUUGGAUCACAUGUACCGCAAAGACUUAUUUAGACAAAAUAUAAGAUUUAUCCAUUCUAUAAACCGCGCCAAUUUGGGCUAUCAGUUAAAGGUAAAUCAUUUGACAGAUCACAGUGAUCUCGAAUUAAAAGCUUUACGAGGCAAACAAUAUACUCCGGGUUACAAUGGUGGAGCACCAUUCCCGCAUGAUAUCAAGAAGGAACUUGCAGAUGUUCCUGACAGUAUAGAUUGGCGGUUGUACGGUGCUGUGACACCAGUCAAAGAUCAAUCGGUUUGUGGUUCUUGUUGGAGUUUUGGUACCACUGGAACAAUAGAAGGUGCAUAUUUUUUGAAACAUAAUAAGUUAGUGAGUCUGUCCCAACAGGCUCUUAUCGAUUGUUCGUGGGGUUUUGGUAAUAAUGGAUGCGACGGUGGAGAAGAUUUCCGUUCAUAUGAAUGGAUCAUGAAGCAUGGUGGCUUACCUACUGAAGACGAUUAUGGUGGUUAUUUGGGACAAGAUGGAUACUGUCAUAUAAAUAAUGUAACGCUGACGGCUAAGAUCACGGGAUUCGUCAAUGUUACUCCACGCAGUGUAGAUGCUUUGAAGAUUGCCAUUGCUAAGCACGGUCCCAUUUCUAUCGCUAUUGAUGCUUCUCAUAAGACAUUCUCUUUCUACUCUCACGGAGUGUACUACGAUCAAACUUGUGGCAAUACAGAGGAUACAUUAGAUCAUGCUGUUUUGGCCGUUGGAUACGGCACUAUGAACGGACAGGGCUAUUGGCUGAUAAAGAACUCCUGGUCGAAUUACUGGGGCAAUGAUGGAUAUAUUCUAAUGGCUCAGAAAGAUGAUGAUUGUGGAGUUCUUCUUGCUCCUACAUAUGUUACUAUGUAAAAAUAUCUCUAUUUCUUUAUAGGAACAACCGUAUCUAUAUCUCUAUUUCUAAAAACUAAAACAUUAUACAGAGCACUCUCUAAGAUCUUAGUUAACAAAAGCUUAUAUAAGUAUAAGAGAAAAAUUACGAGAGGCUACAUAAAAUAUAUUUAGUUUAGCUACAUGUUUCAUAAUGAAUAUAAGCUGUAAUAAAUUGUUGAAGAUUCCGUUUAUUAGAUAUACUAGGGGAAGAUAUGGAAAUUAUAUAUAAUAAUAUAGGGGAAAUAAAAUGUUUUUCCUAAUAAAAAGCAUUUUUGAAACAAG